GUGUAUCUGCGCUGACAUGUCUUGCAUUUAGACAGAUUUGGACUAUUGGAUCUCCGAGAUUAAUUUAUCCAACACUCUAUAUUCAAUACAGAGGUUAAACUCUGUGCGUCUGGACAGCCAUUCUAUCACUGAUAAUGGAUGCCACAUCAGCAACUGGAGUUCUUCAUCCCUACUGGCCACGGGACCUUUUGAUUCCCACCUAUGUGGCCAAUGACCGAUCUAUGUCAGAGAUUCUGGUGUUCCUGUUUUCUGUGUCUGGGGUGUUUCUGCUUGUGACCUGGCUGAUCACCGGACAGAACGGGACCACCGGCCGGCUGGGGGCUUGGAGGCGUCUGGCUGUGUGCUGGUUCGCCGUUUGUGGUUUCAUCCAUGGCGUCAUAGAGGGAUGGUUCUCACUGUAUUAUGAUAUUAUUCCAGGAGACCAGAGCUUCCUGUCACAGCUGUGGAAAGAGUACUCCAAAGGAGACAGUCGAUAUGUAAUAGCGGAUAACUUCACUGUCUGUAUGGAGACUGUGACUGCAUGGUUAUGGGGACCUUUCAGCUUUUGGGCUGUGUACGCCUUCUUAACUAAGAAGUCCUACAGAUUUGUUCUGCAACUCAUCAUUUCAUUAGGUCAGCUGUACGGAGCAGUGCUUUACUUCUACACAGAGCACAGAGAUGGUUAUGCUCACAGUGAGUUGGGACACCCGGUCUACUUCUGGUUCUACUUUGUGUUCAUGAACGCGCUGUGGAUCAUCAUACCGCUUGUGCUCAUUGUGGAUGCAUGGAGACAGCUGUCAGCCGCGCAGACACACACGGACAACACGAAGUCUAAGAGGAAGUGACAACAGGGAGAGUUUACUGUGGGACUGUAGGGCAAUUACUACAUGAGGCACAAGGGAAAAGACCACUUGGGAAAGCGCUACGUUCAAAGAUGGAACAUAAUAAAUGAAUUAUUGUUUGGAGUUGGUUAUAGUGUGUCCUGUUGUGCCUGUAGAAUUAUCACUUAAUUUUAAAGUGCAAUUUGUUCCUUGUGUUUACAACAAUAAAGCUUUUAUUUUUGUUCAAUAA